AUGAAACAAUUGACAGUCCACCUUGAGCAAGGUUAUAUAAAUGAGAACGGUCAGACUUGUUACCAAACUUUAACUGAGGACCAGUGUGCUGGCCUCGCCGGCCAGAUGGGAAAGAGUUUUAAAACACUGAGCAGAAUCGAUAGUCUGCAAAUUGAUAGUGUUUUGAAGAGGAUUCUUCGGGUGAAGUUGAUUCACUCAUACGAGCUCUGGAAAGAUUCCAACCUUUUGUGCCAGAGGGCCUUUCCAGCGAAUCCUGCAUCUAUUACUACGAAAACUUUUAGUCUGACGGUCGCUUUUGAGGAAUCAUUCUCUAAGAAUAUUCCACCUGGCCCUUUGAUUCUGGAAGACGGAAAGCUUGCUAAGCUUGCUCACCGCUUCUGGGAGGAGUUAGAGAUGAUAAGAUCACUCGAUGAAAGACAAAUAAACGAUGUCUUGAGGAGGAUCUGCGACAUCGGAUGUUUACAGCUGUAUUAUGUCUGGCUAGUUCCAGCAACCAUCGAUGAUGACACUCUAUCAUCUGGUCUCGACAAACCUGCCAGCAGUACGAAUGAACCCCCGAAACGAACGAAUUUCGAGGCUGAAGGCAAGCUCAACAACCGUCCUGCGACGGAGCCGCCCCAGCAAAAAACUUCGGACCCCACUCAUAGUGAUAAACGUUCUGGUAUUACAUCCGAAGCCCCUGGAACAGAGACUGUGGCAUGCCCUGUGUCAACUUCUCCGGCGAUCGACGAUGGAGCCGAAGCCUACCCUACACCCCUGUUGGAUUGUGUCGACUCAACUCAACUAAAGAGGUGGAAUCUCUCUGUUUCUCCGCCCUCACCCACCCGAAAAAAACCACGGCAAAGGGAACAAGCUAGGGCGAUAAUAAGGUCAAAUCCGACCGCUGAAAGUCUAAUGAAGGGCUGCAACUUCAACGGAAAAUAUCUCGGAGACGACGGGAUCAGAAAGGUCCUCAAGGCGGAUGCUUACCUUCUCCCCCCGGAUCCCCAGAUGUUGAGAUAUCUUUCAGAUCAAUGGCAUAAUAAUCUGUCGCAGGGCCGGCAUGCUCUGGGUCUCCCCAAGGAGUGGAUAGGUAUACAGGCCGCAUGGAACUACAUAUGCGAACUUGAAACCGGCAACCUUGAUCCUGUCGCGGAGAAUGUUGCAUAUAUGUUGUACCAUAUUAACUACAGUGAGCUCUGCCAGCAUCCUGAGAAGUACUGUCCGCGUGCUUGCAAGGAUGGGAAAAGGAACCCAACUUGGGUGCUCGACUGUAUCAUUGAAGCUGCAUACCCUGAUGACUGGAGUCGAAGGUUGAACGGCCCUCAACUUCGCAGUAAUAUCAGUAACAUCUACAAGCGAAAGGCUCAGUGGUGUUGGGAAGUCGUGGCGAGCCUAGGCGCGGGGGUAUUAUUCAGAGGCGAAUGGCUGAAUAAGUUAUAUGAUGAAACAUUCUCAGCCGUACGCGUAAAUGCGCUUGUCACAUAUAUUUCAAACACUCGGCCGGGGACAGCUCGCCUCUUUCGCUCGUUAGAGCCAGCCAUGAAAACUCUUAUGUUUGGGCAACUUCCCGACCUCAUCAAAACCUUUCGGGAUGGUAGGAGUGAUCUUCAAGAGGAACUCUCCAGAGCCUCUACCGAGGAUCAGUGCGCUUUAGCGAGCCAAUCCACCGAGAGCCAAUGGAGCGUAAUCAAUGCCAAGGAAAUUGCGGUGGGAAGAGUCUCUGACUUCCUCCCUAUCCAGGCUAUCCAGGAAGACAUUCACGGCCAGGAAGACAUUGCUAACCUGGAGGACUUCAACUUCCAGGAGUACAUCAGUAUGCAGGACUACUUCACCAACCAGGGAGACUUCCACGUCCCUCUCCAGGAAGACUGA